AUGCUCCAAGAAAUCAUUCGUCAUAUGCAGGCCCCUGGGCUGAGCAUAUCACGUCGCUCACAUCACCGCCCUUUCUCUUAUAUGUCGAGGCACUCGACUUUUCCAGCAAGCUUGUAUCGAUUUCAAAUACACCGCAAUUCAAGGCUUCAUGACAGAAAUUUCAAACGAGAUGAGUGGGAAUACGAAGAUGGAAUAGAAGUCACACCGGAUGGCUUGGUUCACCCAAAUGCGACUGCUGAUUGUAAGCGAAUACAUCACCACAUUGUUCGCCCGUUAACCUAUUUAGUUUCGAAUGGUGCAUUAUUUAUGCCAAAUACGCAAUACAUGCAACAGGUCACACGGAUAUCGAAUGAUCAUUACUUGGAAGACGUAGAAAGUGGUGAUCCCGCCGCCGAAGCUCAUUAUCUGUGCAUACCUAAAGGUACCGUUAUUCCAAAGUCGCUGGUUCUUUUCCGUGAGCGUACUUCUCGCUUUUCUCUACAACCGGUGCAUCCCAUGUUACUUGACAGCCUUAACGACACCCUCACUCAUUUCUAUCUCGAAUUUGGGCGCACUUUCAAUCCAGACGCUUGGCUUGAAAUGAACCCCUACGAUGAGGCAUUUGUUGAUGACCAGGAACAAUGGAUGCGCCACUAA